UUACAUCAUGAUCAUGUGUUUACUGUGAGAUUGGCAAGUGAACUUAGUGAACUCUGUCCCUUCUAUCUUUAUUUUUAGACUGAUAGUAUCUGUGAGUCUGUGAGUUGAUUGAGUGUGAUUAAUGUUAGUUGACCUAUGAAGAAAGAAAUGGAUUAUUAACUGGCAAAUUAUGUUUAAAUGUUAGCAUAAAUUGCUUGUUGUUUUCUAUCAGUUAAAUGAAGGAGGACUUCGAAUUUCAUAAUUGUUGGGUGAUUAUGAUAUUUUUGAGUGAUCAGUGAUAACAGCAUUCACGAUAGCCUACUUUACAUUUGGAAAAAAGUUACAAAUAUAAAAAUUGUAGAUCUAAACAAACAAGGUUAUAUUUUAUUGAAGGAGGCUCUUCUUAUUGGAAAAACUAUUUCUAUUACUUGAUAAAAGGAUGCCUGUUGACUAUCAAGAACUAUUGUCAGUGGUCGCUGAAGUUUGUGAACAAAGAGAAAUCACUGUGACAGUAACAGAAUCAUUGAAAGGAGGAGCAAUCGCAGGAGGAUCAACUGUUCUGGGUGGAUUAGUUCUGGGUCCAAUUGGUUUAAUGAUAGGAGGUAUUAUUGGUGGCGUAUCAGCAUAUUUAUCAUCUCAAAAUAAGUUUCGCUCAGUAGCUCAAGUUAUUAAUGAAGAUUUAACUCAAACUCAGAGAGAACAACUGGCAAAUAGAGUAAUUCAUGCUCUAGAGGGUUUUGAUAUUACUGACCUGACUGUAUUUUUACCCCUCAUAAUGGGAAACCAAGGUGCUCAAAUGGCUGUAGUAAGAGCUACUGUACAUUUCCUUGAAAGGGAAUUGAAGUUGCAAAUUACCAAUGGUAUGUAAUUAUAUCUAGUGUAACCAACUGUGAUAAUGUACAUGUCAUGUGUGUAAUAUUAGAAUACUUGUUCUUUUUUUACCAUCAAAAUCUAUUUUUAAUAAGGUCAUUACAGCGAAUAUAGAUAAUUUCCAAAAUUACACUGAGGUUUAAAGUUUAAAUAAGAAAUAUUGUUUAUAAAUGUAAUUCUUUAAAGCCAAAUAAAGAAUUAAUUGGUUUCUUAAA